UGUAAUCUGUGUUGUGUAUAUUUAUUCAUAGGCACACCAGCUGUCUUUAUUGCAAUUCACAUUUUCUGUAUUCUCUCUGAAUCACUGAGGAUGGACCCAAACAAGAGUCACAAGACUAAGAGGAUAAUCAAAAUCACCCUGAAGAUCAUUUACCUGCUGACUGGGGAGGAUUACACAGUAGUGAAGACAUCCAAUGAGUGUAAGACACCCAGCAGCUGUACCCUUGUGUCAGACGGACUGAGCAGGACUCAGAGCCCCAUCACGGUGCUUCCUCCUCACUCACUGAUACAUGAGAGACACAAUGACCAGAAGAUCCUGGAACUCACCAACAAGAUCAUUCAGCUGCUGACUGGAGAGGAGGGGGAGUAUAUAGAGGAACACAGGGGUCUGUACAAGGACGUGAUGAUGGAGAAUCACCGUCCCCUCACAUCACUGGAUGGGCCCAGUAACAGAGAUACCCCAGAGAGAUGUCCCCGUCCUCUGUAUUCCCAGGACUGUACAGGGGAGAAUCACAGGAUCCGAAAGGAGGAUCAGGUAGAAGGUCUGUCAGAUAUAAAGGCAGAAGAUAUAGAGGGAGAAGAAGAGACGUAUGUGACUGAUAUAAAGGCAGAAGAUAUAGAGGGAGAAGAAGAGACGUAUGUGACUGAUAUGAAGGCAGAAGAUACAGAGGGAGAAGAAGAGACGUAUGUGAGGGGAGAUCAGCAGUGUAUGGAGGAGGAGAUCCCUACAGAUAUCAGCACAGCAGAUGGACACACAAGCAGGAACAUCUCAGAAGGACAUCUAAUGUUAUCCCCGGAUUGUGAAAUAAAAGAUAAUGACAGUAGACAGGAUUCUCCAGGAGCUAACCCCAUUACCCCAAUUCUACAUCCAGCUCUAUUAGCUGAUCCCUCUGGUCCUGGGAAAUGUUCUCCUGAUCACUCUGAUAUUGGUGCAUCUGUUACAGCUCUGACAGUAGAUACAGUGUUUCCCUGUUCUAUAGAUGCCAAAAGUUUUACACAGAACACAAAGCUUAUUACCCAUCAGCCAGCUAAGGCAGGUGAGAGGCCAUUUCCAUGUUCUGAGUGUGGGAAAUGUUUUGCACAUAAAUCAGCUCUUGUUAUACAUCAGCGAAGUCACACAGGUGAGAAGCCAUUUCCAUGUUCUGAGUGUGGGAAAUGUUUUACACUGAAAUCAAAUCUUGUUAAACAUCAGCGAUGUCACACAGGUGAGAAACCAUUUCCAUGUUCUGAGUGUGCGAAAUGGUUUACAUUGAAAUCAAAUCUUGUUAAACAUCAGCGAUGUCACACAGGUGAGAAACCAUUUCCAUGUUCUGAGUGUGCGAAAUGUUUUGCACAUAAAUCAGAUCUUGUUAAACAUCAGAGAAGUCACACAGGUGAGAGGCCAUUUCCAUGUUCUGAGUGUGGGAAAUGUUUUGCACAUAAAUCAUAUCUCUCUGUACAUCAGCGAAGUCACACAGGUGAGAAACCAUUUUCAUGUUCUGAGUGUGGGAAAUGUUUUGGACGUAAACCAGAACUUGUUAUACAUCAGAGAAGUCACACAGGUGAGAAACCAUUUUCAUGUUCUGAGUGUGGGAAAUGUUUUACACAGCUAUCAGAUCUGGUUAGACAUCGGAGAAGUCAUAGGUGAAAAAGCAUUUCCAUGCUCUGAGUGUCAUAAUCAGCUCUGUUGCACACAAUAGACAUCACACAAGUGAGGAACCUUUUUAAUCUCAUCACCAUUACCAUGCAAUGUUCCUCAAGGUCCUGUCCUUUCUCCUAUGCUUUUUGCAAUAUACCUGCGGCCACUGGGUGAAACAAUUAGACGUCAUGCCCUGGUCUACCACUGCUAUGUAGAUGACCUGUCUUUUGCUCUGUGUACUCGGAAACCCAAUACCAAUCCUAAGUGGCUGUCUAGCUGAGCUCCAGGUGUGGGUGAUGCCAGUUGUCUGUGACUCAGUCCUGGAUAAACAGAGGUUUUUAUGGUAGAAGGUCACCAACAAGACUACAGCGUUGCCAAUCAACUGAACUUAUGCAUGUGGGUUCAGAGUUACAAAAUGCUGAUCAUGUGCGGAGUUUUGGGUUGUGUCUGACACAACAUCAGGUAUCGGCCACAUUCGAAUCCUUGUUCUUUCAUCAGUGGACCAUAUCCAAAAUCAAGCACCUGAUUCUCUCAGAAGCCCUACCUACAGUCAUACAUGCACUUGUAUCAUCACGCAUUGACUAAGGCAAUGUCCUCUACCUGGGUCUCCCAGCAAAAGAAUUGCACCGCUUGUAGCUUGUACAGAAUGCAGCAGCCAGGCUGUUACCUAACCAGCCAGUUCCUGCCACAUAACACCCAUUCUCUGCUCCCUUUACCGGCUGCCUGUAAGAUGGUGACUCUAUUACAUAAUCUUACUGACUCUCCCAGCCCUACAUGACCAGGGUCCAUGGUACCAGAAGCAGCUUCUGCCUCCUUACUGCCCUGCUUGCUUCCAUCUGCACAUGAAGGACUGUUACCAGCAGUACCAUGAAUCUCCAGUAAUUCAUUUGAGGAUGAUCUAUUAGCAUUGUAGCCCUGAUCAUGGAACCUGCUACCUCACACAGUCCAAAAGACCUCCACUCUGGAGACCACAAACAGACUGAUGACUGUAACUCACGCGUUUCAUUAAUGUUCCUUCACUCCCUACAUAAUACAUCCCACAUGCUGAGUCCUUUAUUCUGUUCUACUAAUUGUGUAUAUUUUACUCUGUGUAAAUGUGAAUGUAAAGUUCUGUGAGUGCUAUUGGGAGGAAAGUGCUGUAUAAGUAACAUUAUUACUGAGGAGAAUGACAGGAGUCAGAUCUAGUUACACCAUAUGUUACAUAUACAAAAGGGGAAAUGUAUAAGUAACAUUAUUACUGGUGAGAAUGACAGGAGUCAGAUCUAGUUACACCAUACGUUACAUAUACAGAAGGGGAAAUGUAUAAGUAACAUUAUUACUGGUGAGAAUGACAGGAGUCAGAUCUAGUUACACCAUAUGUUA